CUACUGGAUAUUGGAGUAUAAUAAGGAGAUCGCAGCGACAGCAAGCAGAAUGAAGUAGCUAGGAAUGAACUGCUGAAGCAUGCAUGUGCAGCCAGCCAGCCAGCUGGGAAGGCCUGCCUGGCUCAUUCAUGGCUCCACCAUCAUGCCGUUGAUGGUCGGUCGUCGGCCAGAGGGAGCGGGGACGUGGUGGCGCCGCGCGGAUCCGGCGGCAGACGACGUGACUUUCUCGCGGAUUUCUCUCGUCUCUUGAUUCUCUUCAGUUACCCGUUCGGUCAAGAGUCGGAAACGAAGCCACCGUGGGUACCGGAUGCCGCCUGGGCAGGAGCCCCUAGAAGACCUCGUCGUCCGCGCUGGCAGGCCACGGGACGACGACUCCGCCGCCUUUAAAAGAGCCGCGCCGCGCGCCAAGCGAGACGCAUAUCAGAUUCCCAGUCGCGCCUCCAAGCCCACUAGCGCAACACAAGUCGCCUCCUCCCUCGUUCUGUCGUUCAGUCCAGGUCCAGCCAUGGCGCGCCUCGGCCUCUUGGCCCUCGCGGUGGCCGUCCUCGCGCUUGCGUCCGGCGUGGCGUCGCAGGCGCCGGGGCCGGCGCCGUCGGCCGACUGCGCGUCGGCGCUGGCCGGGCUCAUGGGCUGCCUGCCGUACGUGCAGCAGGGGAGCACGCAGGGCAAGCCCGAUAGGGAGUGCUGCGCCGGCGUCAAGGCCGCGCUGAAGAGCCCCGCCACCGUCGUCUGCCUCUGCGCCGCCGUCGGGCAGAACUACGGCAUGCCCGUCAACCUCACCCGCGGCGCCGGGCUGCCCGCGGCGUGCGGCGAAGACCCCGCCGCCUUGAGCAAGUGCAACAGUCAAGCCCACAGCUUCCGGAACGGCUCCGGCAGUCCCAAGCCCGGGCUCUUCCAAGUCGUCGUCGUCGGCGGCGGCGGCGAUCCGAUUCCCGGUCUCAGCGUUCGCCGUUGUCGUCGCCGCGACUCUGCUCUCGCACUGCCUCCUCUGAAGAUGCCCGGGUGUUUGGUGGUUUUAGUUCAUGAUGAUGAGUUGUGACGUGAACCUGUGUAUCCGCACUGUGUCAUAAUUCGUUGAGUUCAAUUGACUAAUCGACCAUGUUGGCUGUUGGCAUACUGCAUGCAGCUAUUCAUGUCGUUCUGCAAGGAAUUUCUGUGUCCAGGUACCCACCUUAACGUUCACAAAACUAUGCUGAAAACAACGCAAUGCAACACAUCUCGUUUUAGUUUCGACACAAGAUUUGCUGCCAAUUCAUGUUUUGAAAGAUACAGGAUAUAUUAAAAGCCAUGCAAUUUUUA